UAAAAACCAACGCUCCAUCCCUGUCUUUGUGUGCCGGUUGGGCUGCAAGAAAAAAUUGAUUUUGAAAAAGAAGAUGAGAGUAUUUUAUAGUUUAUUGAGCAUUGCAGUAAUUUUGGGUUUGUUAUGUUCAAUUUUGGGCGGAUCAGCAGCUUCCUCUCCUCUUCUUAAACGCCCUUAUUAUGGAAUUUCUCCCCAGGAUGAGAAUUAUUACAAGACUUCGUCUGAUACUAUCAAAUGCAAAGAUGGAUCCAACAAAUUCACUAAAACUCAGCUCAAUGAUGACUAUUGUGACUGUCUUGAUGGCACUGAUGAGCCAGGAACAUCAGCGUGUCCAAAUGGAAAAUUUUAUUGUUUGAAUGUGGGACAUGCUCCUCUUACAAUAUUUUCUUCCAAAGUGAAUGAUGGUAUAUGUGAUUGCUGUGAUGGGAGUGAUGAGUACGAUGGUAAGGUGAAUUGCCCAAACACUUGCUGGGAGGCUGGCAAAGUGGCUAGAGAUAAGUUGAAGAAAAAGAUAGCUACAUAUCAGGAAGGGAUUACUUUACGAAACCGGGAAAUUGAAAAAGCAAAGUUGGGCCUGGCGAAAGAUGAGGAAGAGUUAUCAAAGUUGAAAAAUGAAGAAAAAACACUGAAGGGGCUCGUUCAACAGUUCAAAGAGCAUAAAGAACAAAUAGAAACAGCUGAGGAGAAAGAGCGUCUGCAAAGAGAAAAGGAAGAGAGGGAGAAGAAAGAAGCUGAGGAAAAGGCUCAAAGGGAGAAAAGUGAAUCUGGUGAAGAUAUGCAAGAAAAUAAUGAUGUCCAGGAGCAUACUAGCUCUGAAAAAAAGCCUGAAGAUAGUACACGUGACAAUAAAGUUAGUGUCUUGGAGCAUGCUUCUAAAGAUCAGGACAUGACCAAGGAAAAUGCUGAAGAUGACAAAGCAGCUAAAGGUGAACAUGAUGGCACUUCUGAUAAUGUGGAAAAACCAGUGAAUGAAGUGGAGCAGAUUGCAGCCGAAAAGAUAGAACAAUCUGCCUCACCAAAAAGGGAAGACAAUUCUGAAGUUGUACUUGAAAGUGGUCAUGAUGCUGGAAGUGAGCUGUCUCAUGAGGUAGCCAAGAAAAUGGGGAAUGAUGCUUCUGAAACUACUGAGGAGUUGUCAAGAGAAGAGUUGGGUCGCCUAGUUGCUUCUCGUUGGGCUCGAGAAAACACUGAGAAGGAAUCUAAGGAAAAUGGUGCAAAAGAUAAAGUGUAUGAAGUCCAUGAAAAGCUGCCGGACAGUACAAAUGAUGAUGAGGAUGAUGGCUAUGCUCCUGAUACUGAUUAUCACACUGAAAGAUAUGAUGAUGCUGAAAAAUAUGAUGACCAUAUAGAUAAUGAUUUGGAUGAAAGUUACAAAGAUGGGGAUCAUGAUGUUAGUUCAUACAAAUCUGACACAGAUGAUGAUUCAGACUUAUCAGAGACAACUGGCCCAUCUUGGUUGGAAAAGAUGCAACAAACUGUACGGAAUCUUCUCAAGGCUGUUAAUUUGUUCCAAACUCCAGUAGACAAAUCUGAUGCGGAUCGUGUCCGCAAGGAUUAUGAAGAAUCCAGUGCCAAGUUGUCUAAAUUACAGUCAAGGAUUUCAAGUUUGACAAAAAAGCUAGAACAUGAUUUUGGGCCUGAGAAGGAGUUCUACUCAUUCUAUGGUCAUUGUUUUGAGAGCAAGCAGAACAAGUAUCUUUACAAAGUUUGCCCAUACAAAGAAGCUACCCAAGAAGAAGGCCACUCUUCAACUCGCAUGGGGAGCUGGGACAAAUUUGAGGACUCUUACCACUUCAUGCUAUUUUCGAAUGGUGAUAAGUGCUGGAACGGGCCUGAUAGAAGUUUGAAGGUUAAGCUGAGAUGUGGACUGUCAAAUGAGGUUACAGAUGUUGAUGAACCAAGCCGUUGCGAAUAUGUUGCAUUGUUGUCUACUCCAGCUCUUUGCCUAGAAGAAAAGCUUUGGGAACUACAACAUAAACUAGACUUGAUGAACAAAGAACAACCUAAGCAGCGUGAUGAAUUAUAAAAUCUCCCCAAUGAAUUUAACCAACAUGCUUUAGAGGAUGCUGACUCUUGGAUUAAUCUUGCUAUCAAUCAUACGUUCAAUCUUCAAAGAUGGAGAGAUGUACUGCAGCAUCAAUGGUACAAGUAGUUUACAGAAAUUUCAACAAUAUUUCAAGCAGGCUCCUGAAACUUUCUACAACCUUGAGAGCACUUUGUAUUGGAAUUUUAGUUCUUUAUAAUGGGAAAAUUUGAGGUACAAUUAUCACAAAUUCGGCUUAGUUAAACUGAUUUUGAUACCAUUCUUCUUGUUACACUUUUGAAUUGAGCUUAGACCUCAAAAGAGUGAUCUAUUAUUAUUACCAAAUUUGGAA